AUGAAGCGCAUUUCCAGAUCUCAAUCCCCCAAGUUGAACACAACCAGAUAUCAAAAUCACGAAAGUAACAUAAUUCGGCUUCACAUUCGAACCAUAACACCCACUAAACAUUUCAACGAACAAGCUCAAACCCACAUCAAGGUUUCCCCUGUUAAUAUUCCCAGAUAUCAUACAAUUGACAGUAACAAUGCUUUUCUCAGGAAUUUCAUCAAACAACAGGGCUGCAUAACUCAUCGAAUUCGCAGGACCCAUGUAAAAACUAACAAGGCUGUUCAACACGUUCACAUUAUAGUCCAACCCCACCCUAACAACAUGGCCGUGUACCGACUUACCUUGAAUCAAGGCGCGAGCUUUAUUACAGGCUUUAAUCAGGGAAGCGUAAAUGAAGGGGUCGCCGUGAAAGGUGGACGCGUCCCGCAUUUCCCGGAAUAA